AUGGAGCAGACCAAUGCAACUUUCUACAGGGGAUUUGUAUUCCUGGGCUCCUUCAGCUUUGGGGAACUGCAGCUCCUGCUCUUCGCAUUGUUCCUCUCCCUGUAUCUUUUCGCCCUGACCAGCAAUGUCUUCAUUAUCAUAAAUCGGCUUGACAGCCAUCUGCACACCCCCAUGUACCUCUUUCUUUCCUUCUUACCUUUCUCUGAGACCUGCUAUACCUUGGGCAUUAUCCCUAGGAUGCUUUCCUGCCUGGUCAGGGGUGGGCAGGCCAUCUCCUACGUGGGCUGUGCUGUCCAAAUGUUCUUCUCUGCUUCGUGGGCCUGUACCACCUGCUUCCUCCUGGCUGUCAUGGGCUUUGACAGAUAUGUAGCCAUCUGUGCCUCACUACACUAUGCCAGCUGGGUUGGCACCUCCUUCUUGAGUGGGUAUCUCUUUGGGCUGGGAAUGACACUGGUCAUUUUCCACCCCAUUUGCAGCUCCCAUGAGAUCCAGCACUUUUUUUGUGACACGCUGCCAGUGCUGAGCCUGGCCUUUGGAGAUACAGGUCUGAGUGAGCUAGGGAUCCUUAUCCUCAGCCUGUUGGUCCUCCUGGUCUCCUUCUCCUUCAUCACUAUCUCCUACACCUACAUCCUGACAGCAAUCCUGAGGAUCCCCUCCAAUGAGGGGAGGAAGAGCCAGAAGCCCUUCUCUACUUGCCCCUCACACCUCACAGGAAGCCCCACAGUGGUCAUUGUUGACUAUGGCUGUGCCUCCUUCAUGUACUUGAGACCCAAAGCCAGUUACUCUCUUGAGCAGGACCAGCUUAUUGCUGUCACCUAUACUGUGGUGACUCCCCUCCUCAAUCCCACUGUUUAUAGUCUAAGAAAUGGGGCUGUGCAGACACCCCUGAGAAAUGCUUUCUGAGGGAGAUUGCUGGGUAAAAGCUACCCUAAUGGGAUAGUCUCCUCUAUGUAG